UUACAAGAAUAUAUCGCGCCAACUUUAAAAUAAUUAAUUGUCAGUCACACGAAUGCUAUCUUUAAAAAAAUACCAGUAAUAUUUCCUUCUUCGUAACAAAUCGCUCUCAGUUGGAAACAUGGCGUCCAAAGGCAAUGUCAUGUUCAAUUUCCUCCUGGUGUCUGUGACUAUUAUUGUUUGCAGUGUUUUGAAAUUACGAUUUAUACCAUUCAAUAAUGAAAUUAAGAGAUCGCUCGGAUAUCCAAUUGAUUCGUUGCUGAAUUUUACGGAGUUGAGUGAACUGUAUGGAUACACUUCGGAAGAACACACUGUGCUCACUGAGGAUGGGUAUAUUCUAACAAUAUUCAGAAUAAACGGAAGGAACUGUGGUCACAAAUUGAAAAGACCUCCAAUUUUAUUAAUGCAUGGUCUUCUUCAGAGCUCUGAUGCUUGGUUGGACGCUGGACCCAAAGUUGGUUUGGCCUAUUUGUUAUCGGACGCGUGUUAUGAUUUAUGGGUUGGAAAUCAACGAGGCAAUUAUUAUUCCAGGCGCCAUAAUCGUUUGGACCCUGACAAAGAUCCUGAAUUUUGGCAAUUUUCUGUGGAUGAAAUAGGUUAUUAUGACAUACCGGCUACGAUUGAAUAUGUUUUGAAAUACACGAGAGAAGAUAAAUUGAAUUACAUUGGAUAUUCACAAGGUGCUGGUACGUUCUUCGUCAUGUGUUCAGAGAGGCCGGGAUACUGUGAUAAAGCGAACGUUUUCAUUGGCUUAGCGCCAGCAGCCAGACAGACUAACACAAAGUCUGUGCCGUAUAAAAUAUUAUUGGAGGGAGUAAGAUAUCUAGAAGGGGCUUUGGCUACUACAGGUUUAUAUGAACUUUUCGCCAAGGGUUCUCUAAGUCAAGAAAUUCUCGCUUUCUUAUGUAAAUCCAGUGCAACAUCUGAAGUUCUCUGUGGAACCGGUGAGUCUCUAGUUGACUCCUUCCAUCCAGGAUCUAUAAAUAAUGAAACUCUAAGGGUAUUAUUCGGACACUUUCCAGCUGGUACUUCAGUGCACAAUAUCGCAAGAUACGGUCAAAGUGUAAAGUCGUCCCAUUUCCAAAAGUUCGAUUACGGUAGUGCGCGAAAUUUAGAAAUAUAUGGAACGGAACAACCCCCUCAUUACAAUCUGAGUGCUGUGACGGUUCCCACAGUUGUUUUGUACGGCAGUAACGAUCAUUUAGUUGAUACGAAAGAUAUUUUGUGGUUGAUUAAACGGUUACCAAAAGUGUUGGAAAACAAAAGAGUCUCAGAUCCGCUGUGGAAUCAUUUCGACAGCGCCUACAGUCAGUAUACAAGAGAAAUGAUCUUUCCAACGAUUAAUAAAUAUUUACUAAAAUACAGUCGAAAAUUAAAUAAAGUGUAAUUAGUGACAAAUUAAAUGAACUGUUCUUUUUAUACAGUGAUAAUAAACAAGAAGAUUACUGAUAGGUGUGAUGAGAUGAUAGUUCUAGAAAUAUUGCUAGUCUGGGUCAACGACGGUCAGUGAAAAGGUGUCAUGUUUAUUUUAUUUUUACUGUGUAGCUAAAUUUUGAAAUUUGUUUCAAAAUUAGAAUGCAUUUCAAUAAAUAAUUUGAUUUAAAAUUAGAACGACACCCAA